AUGGGUCGUGUGUUUGCUCUGCUGGCGCUGCUGGCAGCCGUCAGCCAUGCCGCCGCUAUACCGCUCCAAUCACACCGGCUGGAUGCGCUCAAACCAGACCAACGCGCAACACUUGACGAAGCGUUGGCCCAGCUGUUGGAAAACAUCCGGGAGCUGCUGCGCACCGGUGACCCGGAACGGGGCAUUCCCGUGAUGGCACCGCUGCAAACCGAGCGGCUCGACGUGGACCUGAGCCUGGGCGGAUUGCUAGACUUUACCGCCAUUUUGCGCAAUCUGUUCGUCGAUGGGUUGGAUCGGUUCCAGGGUACGCUGACGCUGAACGUCAUACAGAUGGAGUUCCGGUACGAUUUUCUCUUCCCGGAUGUGAUCGCACGCGGGCACUACGAUGCCAACGGGCGGCUGUUCGGGUUGAUUCCGGUGUUUGGCAUUGGCAAUUUUAACGUUGCGCCGCGCGAUCUUCGCAUCCAGGGAACGGCACUGCUCCGUCAGCUGCCGUCCGGUUAUCUGCACAUGCCGGAACUGAAGGCCACCGUGCGGCUUGGAUCGUUGCAGAACAAUAUCGAAGGAAUGCUGCUCGGGGGCGAGCUGUCUGAUCUGCUUAACGUGGUCAUCCAGGAUCUAGUGCCUUCCGUGCUGGUUAACUUUGCGCCGGAGGUGACAGAAAUCAUCUCACGCGUUGGCAUACCGAUUGCUGACUCCAUUCUGAACACGAUGACGCUGGACGAUUUGUUCGCAUUGAUUCCGUUGAAUCAAUAG